GAUGGCGGAGGAAGGUCUUUCCGGGGUUUCCGAAGCGGUUUGUCCUGAAAAUAAUACCGAGGCCGUCCCGGAGGUUUUGCGGGAGGCGGAAGGUUCCGGGAAGUCCACCUGGAACCUGACAGGAAGCAGCAGACAGAGACCUGUUCGGAGACUCGGUGACGCCGACAUCCCCGCUGUGACCCGACGUGUGAAACACUGCGAGCAUGUGACGGGCCUGGACCUGAGCUACAACGACGUGGGAGACGAGGGGGCGGGGCUUCUGGCUGACCUGCUGCAGGACAGUUCGGCUCUGCUCUCCCUGGACCUGACCUUUAACCUCCUGCAGACGGGCGGAGCUAAGUCGCUGGCUGCCGCCCUGCAGAGCAACAGCAGCCUGCUGUCCCUCACGCUGUCCGGGAACCAGAUCGGUCCUGGAGGGGGCGUGGCCAUGGCGGCAAUGCUGCAGGUCAACAACACACUGCAGGAGCUGCAGCUGGCCGACUGCCACCUGGACACUCAGGGCGUGGUCGCCCUCAGCGUGGCGCUGACGGCCAACCGCGGCGUCCGAAGCGUGGACGUCAGCGGCUCGCCGCCCUGCAGCCUCCAGGAGGAGUGGGCGGGGCAUGUGGCCCACAUGCUGGCGGUCAACGGCAGCCUGCUGGAGCUCCACCUGGGGAGGGCGGGGCUGAGCGACAGCGGGGCGGAGCUGCUGGCCGAGGGCCUGAAGGAGAACCACUGCCUGAGGUACCUGGACCUGCGCUGUAACCGUGUGACCGCUGACGGUGUGCGUCUCCUUGCCGACCUGCUGAAGUACAACCGGAGCCUGGAGAUCCUCGACCUGUCGUCCAAUCGGAUGGAGGACGAAGGCGCCGCCCACCUGAGCGACUCCCUCAGGAGGCCGGGCUGCUGCCUGAAGGAGCUGUCAGUGUGUAGGAACAACAUGGGUUCUCAGGGUCUUCGGUGUCUGUGUGAAGCACUGAAGACCAGCAGGACUGUGACUCACCUGUUCCUGUGGGGGAACCUGCUGGACGAGGCCGUCUGUCAGCUCGUCUCCCAGCUGAUGUCCAGCGGCCGCCUGCUGCCAGAGAACACAGACGUCAGUCCCUACCUGGUGGACGGCCGAGUGUUCCUGGCUGAAGGUCCCCACUGUCUGAGGAAACGUCUCCACCGCACACACACUGAGGAAACGUCUCCACCGCACACACAGACAGUGUGUGAGGCGUGGAACCGUGUGUUCCUGAGCAUGGGGAACGUGUGUGAGGCGUGGAACCGUGUGUUCCUGAGCAUGGGGAACGUGUGUGAGGCGUGGAACCGUGUGUUCCUGAGCAUGGGGAACGUGUGUGAGGCGUGGAACCGUGUGUUCCUGAGCAUGGGGAACGUGUGUGAGGCGUGGAAUCGUCGCCUGGUAAAGAGCACCCAAGCGUUCAGCGGGAGGCGUGGCAGACAGCGCCACCUGGGCGUGCAGAGCGGGACCCGCAUCCCGACGAGCCCAGCCACCCCGAAGCGCCGCCGCCGCCAGAUGGACCUGACGCUGUGA